AUGGUACUUGCUGAGACCCACGUCGCAGCGUGCGGCACCGAAGAAGUCAGCGCUACAUCGAUCAUGGUGAUUCUUCUCUUCGGUCACCCGGCUAUCUUGCUGCUGAUUCUUUCGGUGGCCAGAGCCGGUAACAUCGACGCGCGGUUCAUCGCGCCGAGCGAGGCUUUGGAAGGCGAACGAUUUGUUUCCUCUUUUGGCGAAGACCAAACCACGGAGGAUCGACGCUCGUACCUGCAAGCAGCCCGGGAGCGAGGAUACACCUGCUCGAUGCUCCCGAAGAACUACCCGAGCGCUGUCGCCCUAUUCUGCGCCAAGGCUUGUCGUGGGGCGGUCGAGGAAGCUUUGGCGACCCAGCCAUUUGCCGAGGUAACUCUGGUGCACGACGACCAAGCAGCCGUCAUAAGAGCUACCGUGGACGAGGAGCCGUGGCUAAAGGUACUACAGAGCUUCAUGGAACCGAGCUUUGCGGCCAACUUCCACCCCUCUGACUGUUCCGUGGCUUCUAGCGCUCUCGCUUUCGGGCGUGCCAAGACCCAGGUGUUGCCGGCCCUGCGAGCCCUUGCCGGCAGGAGUCAAUCUUUUUCUUCAACAGCGACAACCGCAAACACCACUAUGAAUGGGGUAGGAGGAACAGCAUCCGUAUUCUCACGGAGAAUCGCCGCCAUGAAGCCAUUUUCAUCGUUACCGGUUCCUGCCGGAGAAGAGGCAUCUUCGACCACGAAGGAAAGCGUAGUCGCCAAGAACACGCAACCUUCGUCAUCAGCAUCUUCAUCGGCGAUGCCUCAUGCCGGGCGGAUUGCGAAUCUACUCGCGCUGCUCGACGACGGAAAUGAACGCAGUGGCAUGGUCAAAACGCCACCUUUUCUGCGUAUGAAGCACCCAAGUCUACAAGAGCGCGUGAGCGGCGGGGUGGUGAAUGUUGUGAUCGAGGUUGUCCUUGGAGCGGUGCUGAGGACAAGUCUGCUCGCAGCAGCCACUACCAACGACGGAAGCAGCAGCAGAGUCGAUACUGCCGGCAUCGAAAGCGGAUACAGGAGUGUGGGGGAGGACAAGUCGCUUGCCGAUUAUGAUCGAUGCGUCAUUCGCGCGGUUGUGGACGGCAUGACCUCUUCCAGCACCCCAAUUGACAUAGAGGAUGUUUUCAACAAUGACGGCGAAGCCGCUGUGGUCAUGCAGAUGGACAUUGUGCCAACUUACGACCACAAUCCCCACUGCAGUGAGCACCCAGCAAGGGCACUGGCGGGGUGGAGUGCCUGGGCCCAAGAUGAGGACGUAUGGCGCCUUGAUGCCAGGGCCGUGGACAGAGUUUGCACACAAGAGGCGUUCGGUGCACACCACAUCCACGGCGAACUGGCGGCGUUCGACACUUGUUCAAAGGCUUUCGGACCGUUCCACGGCAUCCUAGUCAACGUUAACGACUGCGUCGAUUUGGUCACCAGCGUGAUCACGGCGAAGAGGGUGGACCUGUUCAACACAAUGUCACUACGGCUAACUGCCUACCUGCGGAGCAUACGCCCCAACUACUUGAUCUUAGGGCAUACGGGUGCGUUCCCGCAGAAGGUUGAAGCCCUUGGAGCGGUGUUGCGAGACGGGGGCGAUCGCGUGGAAAAGAUCUGCGAGGUGGGCUUUAACGCUGGGCACAGCUCUCUCAACUGGCUGCUUAACUCGCGCCCUUCGACGAAGGUCUUGGCCUUUGAUCUGGGCGAAUACGAGUACAUGAGGCACGCCCUUGACUUCCUGCAGAUGGUGUUUCCCGGUCGGCUUGAGGUACUCAUCGGACACUCUACUGUAACCAUCCCGGCGUAUGCGGUGGUCGAGGAGGCAGCUGGCAGAGACACUCGCACAUGCAACGUACUUUUUGUUGAUGGCGACCACACCGAGGAAGGUGCCUACGCCGACCUUAUCAACUUCCGGGCAUUGGCUAGCAGGUGA